CUUUCCAGUCGUCCAGUUUUAUGAUGAUUGCUGCUAUUCUAGCGUUCAAGACGAUCAUGUUGUGACCUUGCAUUCGGCUGCAACUCUUUUGUGCUACUUUUUAAACUCUUGCACCUAAUUCCAACGCGAUAAGUCGACAAGCACCUCGUUUUGAAAGGCACGACGCGGCGGUUUCUUGCAUGGCUUUUUAUCAAUAUUUCGCACCAUCGUACUAAUUCCAAUGAGCUGCUGCUAGUUUAUUGGCCCAAAACAGGAGCAGUACUUCUCCAAGCAUUCCACCAUGCGUCUCCAUCUUAUCAUCCAGCGGCACGGCCUGCCCGUCACGCGCAUUCUCUGGACAACGUCACCGCCGUCUGCUUUCGGCCACAAUGCGCCCAGUGCUUCGUCCAUGCUUCCAGCCGCAUCAUCUGCCCUGGCUUCGACCCGUGUACCUAAUGCGCUGUAUUCUAGUGGCAGUUACACUAUCGCACAGCUGCUGGAGGAUGUCAAUGAGGUUGUUCCGCUUGAGACGGAGCCAGCUUUGUUUGACAGUGAAUGCAGUGGACAGUGGGGCCUGGAGGACUAUGUGGUUGAAGUUGGUGGCUCAGAAUGUUUACAUUUCAUGGAAGUCGAAGGACUGCUGCGGGAUGGUGAUGAAGUCUUAAUACGUGCCCUCCAGAUGUCAGACCUUCGAGUCAGACGGCUUUCCGGUCGCCAUCAGAUAUCCUCUGACGGCAAGCAUCUUAUCGAUGGUGUCCCUUUUGGAAAGCCGUUUUUGAAAAGACCUACAGCGUCACGGCCCGCGAUCACGAUCCCUCCAAGGAAGAGACGACGUACUACCGCUUCAGGUUGGGAUUAUGGAUCACGUUACGAAGAGGAUGACACUGAGUGGGCGCCGACCAACCAACUCGGCUUCACCAAAGAGCUUUCCGUUCUCAAGUCAGAUGAUCAGCCGCAGCCGCAGAAGGGGAGGCAUGAUGAAUACGUGGAUGCGUGUCAUGAUGACUAUGAGGAUUACCACGAACCUGAAGAAGAGGGAGACGGCACGGUGAUCCGACAUGCUGUUGAUGAAGCACCUAAUGACCAAACCUCGGAGAGUGACUCAGACAUGUCAAAUAAUGACGAUGAAGACUUGGCGGAAGAACUAAAGGGGCUUGAGGAGGAUUUGGAGGUCUCGUCCAUGCCCGUGGCAGAAGACCUCGAUGUGGAGCAAGCUGGCUAUUCGCUGCGCUCCAAGCAAAGUGCUUUUCAAACAACACCAAGAAAGAGGCCUCUAGGUCUAGAUGAAACUCGCCGGGAUUCGAAAAUGGUAACGUUUGAAGACCAGAAAAUGGAGCCGUCCGUGUUAAACCCGAAUGCUACUCCUAUCAGCAAAGCAGGGUCAGCCCGGGAGGAUCCCAUUCCCUCUGUUCCGGAUGCUAGCGAUAGCAGCUCAUCCGAGAGCGACUCAAGUGAUUCUAGCGACUCUAGCAUCUCUAGUGAUUCCAGCAACUCCAGCGAUUCAUCAUCGGAUGAAGACUCGGAUUCUGCGUCAGAAGUUUCGUCGUCCGAUUCAGAAGAUGACACAAGUUCCGAUUCAGACGACAUGUCCACGUCAGAGUCGGAGGACGAGCUUUCGGACUCGGAUGCGGAACUGCACAGCAAGACCAUUCCGCCCGGUGCGGGGUCUUUGAGGACCAAGAAAAGCAACCAGCGUAACAAGAUGCGACGCCGGCUGGCAAAGCUCAAGGAACUUGGUGCUCUGCCCGCGCAGGCCGACUUUGCUGCUCUCCGUGAAUGGGAGGAGACCAACGGGCGCUCAUACUACGUUCCCGAACAAAAAGGCGAUGCCAAAGAGCAAGAGCGCGCCGAAUUUGAAGCGAAGCGACAGAAACUGCUUCGUGAUCUGGAAUCGGGAGGGAUUGAUGUCACUGUUGUGUCGCAUGAAGACAUGAACCUCCCGCAGAGUGCCGCUGAAAUUGAUCAAACUCAACCUGCUGCAAAAAUGGCAGCAGAUGAUGGGAACCAAGCGAGUCCACCACCCAAACGGCGUACCCUCGAUGUUGCCAGCUCCAGACGGAUGCUUUUCGGCUCUCUGGGUGUGAGGACUCCACGUACCAAAGAGGACGAGGAGGCUACCCGGAAAAAGCUUGCAGGAAAGAUCCACCCUGUUCAAGCUCAGAAGCCCUCGAAGGAAGACACGCCCAAGGAAUCUGAAAGCGACUUGGACGAGAACUGGCAAAACAAGUUGAUCCUCCGGGCCACCGAGUGUAUCUACGAUGACAUUAAGCUGACGCCUCCACCUUUUCCCUUCGAACAGCGCUGGGACACUGAAGCCGGUGAUAUCAUCAGACAACGCAAAGGUUGGGGCAAGAAAAGAAAACGGCGGCAGCAGCUCCAAGUCUACAAUGGUGAAGAAGAAGAGUAUGGAAAUGGCGAUUACAGCUAUUCUACGGGCGAUAUACAACUGAACUACGACGACACCGAGCAACCGAAUGGAGACAUGGAAGAGAUCGAGUAUGCUGUGGAGCCGACUGCGGAGGAACAGCUUGAGGACACAGCAAAUGAUCUCCCCGCGCUGCCUAGUGAUACGGCCUCUCUGCAGGGUAUGGGUGCGGAUGAUUUAAAGAAGGGCAUGGUGUUUGCCUUCCGGCAGCUGGAAAUCUCCAAAGCUACGAGUUGGCAACCCACGGUAUCUGGAUAUCGAGUAGCCAAGAUCCACGACGUCUUCGAGGACGACAUCGUGAAAAUCCGGUUGGCCAAGCGCGACCGAAGACAGGCCCGGGAUGACGAGGAUUGGGAUGAGGAAAACGACCAGCCUCAGUACAGUGGAUUUGAAAUGCCCGGGUUGGACGACGAGGAGGAUGACGGCUUCCGGGAGUUGUCAUUUGCCGAUUUGAUUGAGCCCAAGCUUCUCCGAGCUGCUGACGCUGCAGGUCUUGGGGAUGUUGGGAAACCCAGCAUCUCCUGUGCAGCAGAGGAGUGCUCUCCGCCGAGCCCAAAACCGGCUCCGAACGAGGCUGCGGUCAUGCGCGAGUACGAUGACGGUCAGCCACCAGCGCGGGAUACGGGAAAGGAACGGGCUGACCGGGAUGCAAAGUUAUUAAACCAGGAGAUCGGUGAUGCCGUGGAGGAACCUGCGAUAAACUCCAGCCCCAUCCAGUCACCGCAGUUUGUCGGAUUUCAGUCUCCUGGCGCGGAUUCGACCUCUGCAUCGAAGGCUAGUCGCGAAGAGCAAGCCUCGGGGUCUGCCCUCCCUCUGUCAGGACAAGACACGGAGGAUGACCGGAAUGAUCGACAGCCGGAUGAUGACCUGGAGAUCAAAGACCCUCCCUCGGCAUUGCACUCGACGCAUCUCCCCGUUGACCCCGACGAAGGGAACGAGGCGGCACCCCUCUCGGACAACGAGCUGCAAAUGAUCAGUAGUCUGGUCAGUGCGAUGUCCUCCAACUGCCUGAUGGAGAAGUACUUUCCCCCGGCCGUCAAGGGGGAGGCAGCGACUCCGCCUACGAAGCAAGAGCCCGAAGAUAGCCUAGCCAGGUCGCCAUCGCAGUCCUCGACCUGUUCAUUCGUGCCCAAUCCGUUCUAUGAGGUUGACAGGGCUGAGGAAGAACGGCAGCGACAACGGGCAGCUCGCAAAGGGCGACGCAACGGCAACCCGGACGGAGGAGACGGGACCAUGGAGGGUUUUUCUCUGGCGAGGUCGGUGUCUCCUGUGGCGGGCCGAAGUCCCCGGGUGAAGAAGUCGCCGGUGGAGGAGCCGUCGUCGAUCAGCGUUGUGCCGGAGAGCGUGCCGCGUUAUUAUGAGGAGCCCGGGCAGGCGCCUCCCAAGUCGCCAGCGUCGCAGGUGUCUUUCGUGGACCUAACCCUGUCGAGUCCGCCGCAGUCACCGGGCGGGAGUGAUGAGGACUAUGCACGAUCGCACCAACUGCCGCGGGGGUCGGGAUGGGUGCAGAAGAAUGUUCCGCGGACACGACGGGUGACCAGACAGUCGAUCGGACGACGAUGAAGGGAAGACUGGUGGAUGUGUAUUUGCUUGUGUAAAUAAGGACCCA